AUAAUGACGUGCGCCUUAUAAACCCACUGCAAUGUAAUUCAUUUGCUAUUUUGACUCGUAUUAUGGGGAUUUGUUGCUUCUUUUUUUUUUAAUCAUCACCCUUCAAUGAUUUCCCCCUCAAUGUCUGACUAACAGUUUCAUAAAUAUGUCAAGAAGAUGAGUAGGUGGAUUUCAUGGAAUGAUAUUUCGGCUUCAUAAUAUGAACCCUGAACACUUACAUCUGAACAGCAGCAAUCUGCUGAAAAGAGCAAAAAGUGAGUUUCUUCAUCAAAGAGAGACUUUGCGUUAUCCAUCACUGAACUUGACAUUUUCCCCCUUGUCACAGAGUACAAAUAACUUGUGACAACUUGCCUCAUUUCACCAUCCUGCACAGGUGGUGCACUCACUGAAUGAAGCAUUAUGCAGCCCUUUAAAACCCGUCACGGGACUGAUGCUACAAUCAGGUCCUUCUCUGCAGUUACCGGGCUGGGCUGCAUAUUUCUUGUAUUCUCUGCUGUUUCCUGAUGCUGACCUCUCAUUUUUGUUCCCUGUCCAUUCCGUCUGUUUACUCAUCUUUUGUCCUUUACAUCCAUGUGUCUGUCGGGUGUUAUGUUUUGCGCUCCGGCUGUUUUCGUCUGCAAUACCCUAGAUGCGUUUGCACCUUCCCCAGGAGACGGUCCUGCAGCCGUGGCCGCGGGCCCCGCUUCUGAUGCUUUUGGUGGAUCUGACCCCUUCGCUACGACGGAGGGGAGUGGGGACCUUGCUCCAGAGCUGGACCUGUUCGCUAUGAGGCCCACCGACACGGGGGCCGCCGCCACAACCCCUCCCACCUCUAGUGAGGCGCCGACCAUCGUUGUCCCCACCGCUGCCCCCGCUGCCCUCACCCCUUCUUCCACCACCACCACAGAGUCUGCAGCCGCUCCGACUCUAGAUAUCUUUGGUGAUAUGUUUGAUUCUGAGCAAAGCCCUACCACAGAAUCCAAAGCUGCUACCACUCCUAGCGUAGACCUGUUUGGUUCAGACCUCCCUGCUGUUUCACGCGGGCCCUCUCCUUUGCCCGAGCCGGCUCCGGUUGGAGACAUCGUGACCGACUCAUUUCCAUCCCCUGCUCCUGCUGCUGCUGCUGCUGCAGCUCCCAGCCCAGAGGCCCAUUCUCCCCCCAAAGCAGAGCUGGAACCGGUCAUUGACCUGCUGGACUCCUUUGGUGGUUCUGUGGAGGAGAAGCAGAUCUCUGCUCCUGGAGGGCCUGGGGACGAUCUGCUGGGAGGCCUGAUGUCCCCCACCCUGGCUCCCACUGCUGCCCCAGCUCUAGCUCCAGCUCCAGCUCUAGCUCCACCUCCAGCCUUUGCUCCGGUGCAAAACAACCUCCUGGAGUCGGGCUUUGACGCUCUGGGCUCCCUUUCCUCUCCGGUACCGCCUGCGCCUGCUUCAAUCCCGAUAGUACCAUCUGGACCAGAACCUGCGACCACCACACCGGCGCCCUCUGGUGGCUUUGAUGCUUCAAUGUUGUUUGAUGGAUUAGGCGCCCUGCUGAUGCCCGCCGUAACGCCCCAGAGCACCGGGGGCAGCACCGCUGGAAGCACAGCAGGAAGCAUGGGAACUCCUGUCGCAGCGGGAGGCAUUGCAUCCGCCCCCCCACCUCCGACCAAAACCGUAGGGGGAGACCUGGACUCGUCACUGGCCAACCUGAUCGGAGACCUUGGAGUAAAGAAAAAGGACCCACUGAGUGAGAAGAAGCUGACGGGAGGCGCCAACUGGAUGCCACAUGUAGCUCCCACAAGCUGGGCUACACCAGGAGCCCCCCUGGCUGGAGCUGCCCCCGGAGCUCCUGGGGCACCCGGGGCAGCCAUGGGCCCCCCAAUGAGUGCCCAGCCUGGCUUUGGCAUGCCUCCUGCAGGAGGGCCUGGAGCUCCCUUGAUGCAGCCCCUAAUGGGGCAGCCUAUGAUGGGACAGCCCAUGAUGAGACCUCCCUUCACUGGGGUGGCUGGAGCUGCUGCACCAGGAGCACCGAUUCCUCCGGGACCUGCAAGCCAGAGCCCCAGGAAACCCAAGGACCCUUUGGCAGAACUCGACCUCAAAGACUUCUUAUAACGCCCCAGCUGCUUUCUUCUCUGGAGCAGGGCCCUGGCACCUUCUACUUGGUGUCUGUCGACAUCUGAGGAUGUUCAGCUUACUCAACCCUCUAAGAGCCUCUUAUCUCCACCCGCCCAUCAACACCCCACCCGUCUCCUGUGUGAUGUCGUAGCACAACCUGUGAAAGUGAACCAUAGCGGAUUUUAUAUAUAUAUGUAUAUGAGAAGAAAAAUACAAGUGUGUGGUUAUGUAGAUGUUCUAACUUUUUGUCCAAACAAAAUGACUCAAAAUCCAACAGUUAAGUGAAAGAAAGUGAAGGCACAUAUGUGUUUGGAUUUAUUUCUAGUGUUGAGUUGAAGGAUGGCUGUGCUUUGGUGUCCUAAGCCCCUCCCACCACCCCGUAUUUGUCCCCGCCUCCUUAUCAAGGGGGAGGAGCUCUUCUUUGUCCCGCUCUGAUUGGAUGAGAGUGGUAAACGAAGCCCCAGAAGAUUUUUUUUGGAGAAACGUGUUGUGUGUUGGUUUCCGGAAAGGUCCUCGUUGAUGUAUAUAGAUUUCUGUGGCGAGGAUUACGUCUCUAUUCUGUAUGUCUGUUGAAGAGAAACAUAAAUGUGAAUCUGACAUAAAUUGUAAGAAGUCGUGUGAGUACCCUUCAAUUUCCCGUCGUCUUUUGCAAGUAUUUGGAAACAAAUAUGAAUACCGUUACAUGAUUAAUAUACUGCAUAUUAAGAAACUUCCAUGAGCUUCUGAAUCAUACGAGACCACCAAGUGAUCCUUUUUUCUUUUUCACUUGUGGCUUUAUUUCUAUGUUUCUUUAUUUGUUUUUCUGUCCAAUGUUAUUCAUAUGUUCGGUUUCUGUUAAUAAUCCUCCAGAAUGCUGUCGAUAUUUGCUGGCAUUGUUAU